AUGCUGAAUUUGUGUUCAUAUUCUGCUAUGAUACUAGGAUUGAUAAGUCUACCAGGCUUACUUAUUAACUUAUAUGUACUUUUCAAACUCUCAACACGAAAACCUCCGUUCAGUGGAUUUCAAAAACUUUGCAUAAUGAAAUCUGUUCCUAAUUCAAUAGUUUGCUUUACAUUUUUAGUGUGGUCAACACCAUUAUGUAUCAUACAUCCAACGUAUGAAUCCGUGCCACGAAGUGUUAAUGUAGGGUUUGGUCAAGUUGCUGGAUGGGGUGCUUAUAUUUUGGGUCCAUUAAUUCAAGUAUGCAUGUCGUUCAACCGAUUUUAUGUUUUAUACUUUCCGAUGUCUUCAAUAAAAGCUUCGAAUUUUCCUUUUACCAAUACCGCUAUAUUUUUAGCAUUAUGUAUUGCAGUCGUCUACACAGUGAUUGGAUUUCCUGACAAAUGCGGUUUUGUAUUUGAUCCAGAGGUACUGUCUUGGAGACCGGAAGAAUUUGAUUGUGCUCUGUGGUUGGCUGACUUUAUUUUCUAUUCUAUUCUGAUCCUGUCAAUCACUUCUAAUUCACUCAAUUUUGCCACUUUCUUGAAACUUGUUUCUAGUCGAGUAGAAGGAGUGUCUUCUGGAGAUAGCAGUACAAGGAGAAAACGGAGGAUUAGUAUGUAUAUACAGAGUGUGCUGCAAGACACACUUCACUUGAUCGACAUGAUCAAUUGCACAAUACUCUUCAAACUCAAUUCAGCAAUUUGGUAUCAGUUCAUUUUUCUGUCCGUCAGUUUUCUAUCGAUUCAUGCGCUGGACGGAAGCGUCAUGCUAUAUUUCCAUACUGAGAUACAUCCGCAAUGGUGUCGCAGAUUGUUGAAGCCCAAAUCGAGGACUGGAACUAUUUUUGUGAACAGAUCUAAAAUAUCUUCCUUCCAUCCUUCUGAUUAAUUCUAAUCAUUCGAAGUUUUGUAGAAUUUAUACCGAGUUUUCACAUUGAAUUCUUGGAAUUCGUGAGAGAAUAUGUGAAAAUUUGCAAUUUCUCAAACUAU